AUGCACUUCACUUCUCUCCUCGUCGCCGCUUCGGCCCUCGUCACUGCUCUGGCAGCACCUGUCGCUGAGCCCGUAGCUGCUGAGAACGGCCUCUCCUCGCUGGUCGAGCGCUCUACCCCUGCUGGCACUGGCCAGAACAACGGCUACUACUACUCCUUCUGGAACGCUGGCGGCGGUACCGUCAACUACAACAACAAGGGUGCAGGCGAAUAUUCGGUCUCAUGGCAAAAAUGUAAUAACUUUGUUGCUGGCAAGGGCUGGUCCAAGGGCACCACCCGCAAGAUCAACUUCAAGGGUACCUACUCCCCUCAGGGCAACUCUUACCUCUCCGUCUACGGCUGGAGCAAGAACCCCCUCGUCGAGUACUACAUACUCGAGUCCUACGGUACCUACAACCCCGGCAGUGGUCUCCAGCACAUGGGCACCGUCACCACCGACGGUUCCUCUUACGACAUCUACAAGGGUGUUCGCACCAACCAGCCCUCCAUUUCUGGUACCGCUACCUUCAACCAGUACUGGAGCAUCCGCAAGAACAAGCGUUCUUCUGGUACCGUCACCACUGCCAACCACUUCAACGCCUGGGCUAAGCUUGGCAUGAAGCUUGGUACCCACGACUACCAAAUUGUUGCCACUGAGGGUUAUCAGUCCUCUGGUUCCGCUGACAUUACCGUCUCCUAA